GUUGCUAUAAAGCUGCAUACAACAUGGGCGCGCUUGUGCUUGCUGCCGGAGGAUUGCUGUACUUGCGUCUCGGUGGGAAGAACCAUAUCAAUCAAUCAUACCCAAUUGAGCCCGCACCGCUUGUCUCCUCCCUCGCCUGGACACCAUGCCGUUCGCCUCGCCUCACCCGCCUCUAGAUAUCGCGAAAUGCAAUCUGCUGGAAUAUCUGUUUCCGAACGGGGAGACGCCAACGGAUACGCCGAUUUGGAUUGAUGCGAAAGACACGAGCCACCACCUCACGCCCAGGACCCUGCUGCAAUGGACGAAGCGGCUCGCCAUGGGCUUGGACCGCGUAGGCAGCAAGCCGGGAGAGGUGGUCAUGAUUUACACACCAAAUCACAUCUUUGUGCCUGUGGCUUAUCUGGGAAUCGUGGGGUCCAAGAGGAUCUUUAGCGGAGCGAAUCCAGCAUACACAGUGUCGGAAAUGGCCCACCAAAUCUCAAAUACGCAAGCACAGUAUAUCCUCGCACAUCCAUCGCUGGCAAAAAGUGCUAUGGCGGCAGCGCAGAAGGCCGGCUUGCAACAUGGCCGAGUUUUCCUCUUUUCCGAUGUCCCCAAUGCGUCAAUAGAAGGUUGCCGUGACUGGAGAGACUUCCUACCGUCGCCUGCUGACGCGGAUGCAUACACCUUCCCUGACAUGUCCGACGAAGACGCCACAAGUACCACAGCAACGGUCAACUACUCCUCCGGCACAACCGGGUUGCCCAAGGGUGUCCAAGUUAGCCAUCACAAUCUUGUCGCGAACCUAGACCAAACCAUCUACAUGCGCUACCUCAAAAAGCCAUGGGACCACACGAACCGGCCACGCGAAGUCUGGCUCGGCUUCUUACCUCUAUACCACGCAUACGGCCAACUGUACACCAUCGCCAUGGCUCAAAAGCUUCAGAUUCCCGUCUACAUCAUGAAGCAGUUCCAGUACGAGGAGUUCUUGAGAGCGAUCCAAGACUACAGGGUCACGCAUCUGCAGGUUGCGCCCCCAAUCAUGGUCAUGCUGAGCAAGAGGCCGGAAACUGCCAAGUAUGAUUUGAGCAGCGUGACGGAUAUUCUGUGCGGCGCUGCGCCUCUGAGCAAGGAAUUGCAGAGGGAGAUCAGUAAGAAGCUGGAAUGUGAGAUUGUGCAGGGCUGGGGGAUGACCGAAGUCACUUGCGGCGCGAUCCAUGUGCCGGGCGGCCAUAUCGACGACUCCGGUAGCGUAGGGCAGCUCGACCCGAACUGCGAAUGCAUGCUGCUUGACGACGAUGGCAACGAGGUAGCCGACGGCCAGCCCGGCGAGCUCUACGUCCGAGGCCCCCAAAUUUGCCUCGGAUACUGGCGCAAUCCGCACGCAACGAAGGAGACUCUCUCCCCGGAUGGCUGGCUGCGGUCCGGAGACGUUGCUGUCUGCAAGGAUGACUGGUUCUGGAUCGUCGACCGGAAAAAGGAGCUCAUCAAAGUCAACGCCCUCCAGGUAGCCCCGGCCGAACUGGAAGCCGUCCUCCUAGAAUUCGACCCCAUCGCUGACGCAGCAGCUGUCGGCAUCACAUUAGACGGCCAGGAAUGGCCUCGUGCAUAUGUGGCUCUGAAGGACGAACAUAAGGGACGUGUCACGGAAGACCACAUCCACGCGCACAUGAAGGAAAAAGUGGCGAAGCACAAGCAGCUGGUGGGCGGCAUCGUAUUUGUGGAGGAGGUGCCAAAGCUGCAGUCCGGGAAGAUUAUGAGGAAGGUGCUGAAGGAGUGGGCGAAGAAGGAUGCGGAGAGGAUGGGAGGUGCAAAGGCGAAGUUAUAGGAUAGUAUGAAAGAAG